AUGCAGGUCUGGAAGCUCACUCUUCAGCGUCUGGGGGAGCAGAAUCUUGCUUUCGCGACGUGGUCGCAUCUCAUUGCUUGGAUAUUGGAUCCUUCAAAAUUUACCCCAAAGAUCCUGAAACUGCUAGCUGUUCAUGCAACAAUCUUCUUCCUGUGGCAGGAAAGGAAUAUCAGACUUCAAGACAAUGUUUCCUGCACUCCAAACCUUUCUUUUAGGAGGAUUGACAGAAGCAUCCGUGAUGCUCUUCUUGCGCGUAACAGGAUGCUCCGUUCGUACCUUCUUUCCUCCUGGUUUGUCCACGAACCCCGUGUUUCUGCUGUUUAA